AUGGCUCUUGAAAUGGGAGUCAAGCACUUGAAGGUGAUUGGUGAUUCGAACCUGGUGCUCUGCCAGGCCAAAGGGAUCCUUUCCCUAAAAGAACCCAGCCUAGCCCCAUACAAAGCAAUGGCCCAGAAGAUGGAGAAGAAAUUUUCAACCUUUGAAAUAGAACAUGCUCCAAGGAAUGAAAACCGGUUCGCAGAUGCAUUGGUUGCGUUGGGCUCACAAAUAAUGUUUAAAGGGGAUAACACUAGGGUAGUGGUCAGCAAGAGGGAAGAAUCCAUUAUUGAAGUGUUAAAGGAAAGAUUCUGGGAGGAACGGUACGAAAGGGAUUGGCGGAUCACCAUAAGGGAAGCCUUGAUAAAAGAAGAAGGUGCCUCAGAACUGAAAGUACUGAAAGACUAUGCCCUGGUGAGAGGAGAACUAUACCGCAGGAUGCUUGGUGGGGUCUUGUCCAGAUGCGUAGGGUAA